CCAGGGCAAAAAACUUCUUAUAUAAACAAAUCUUAGGACUAAAACUAUGAUACACUUAUGAAAAUGAAGUGAAAAUUUUUUGCCAAUGGAUAACUCCCAAGGGUUUCUGACACCAUUGCUCUACUGAUAAUCACUAGUUAUAAAAACUUGUUGUGACCUUUUGGCUCUCGGAGCAACACCAUGACGGUGGGCAAGAAAAAGCACCUGAUGAAAGGUGGCAAAAAGGGAGCAAAGAAAGUGGCCGAUCCGUUUUCUAAGAAAGACUGGUCCGAUGUGAAAGCACCAGCUACAUUCAACAUCAGGAAUAAUGGAAAAACACUAGUCACGAGAUCUCCAGGAACCAAAGGCGCAUCGGAUGGUCCGAAGGGCCGUGUAUUUGAAGUGAGCCUAGCUGAUCUGCAGAGUGAUGAAGUUGCACUUAGAAAAUUCAAACUAAUUACUGAGGAUGUUCAGGGCAAAAAUUGCCUGAAUUUCCAUGGCGUGGAUCUUAUCCGUGACAAAAAGUGCUCCACGGUCAAAAAAUGGCAGACCAUGCCUGACACUCAUGUUGAAGUCAAGACUACCGAUGGGUAUUUGCUUCAUUUGUUCUGUGCUGGUUUUACUAAAACACACAACAAUUGGAUUCAGAAGACCUCUUGUGCUCAGCAUCAGCAGGCCCGCCAAAUCCAGAAGGAGAUGAUGGUCAUGACCCGGGAGGUGCCGACAAAUGAUUUCAAAGAAGUGAUUAAUAAACUGAUCCCAGAUCGCACUGGGAAAGGCACAGAAAAGGCUCGCCAAUAUAUUUGUCUGCCCCAUGAGGUCUUCGUUAGAAAAGUCAAAAUGCUGACGAAGCCCAAGUCGGAACUGGGAAAACUCACGGAGCUUCCCGGUGGGGGCAGCAGUUGUGGAAAAGCUCCUGGGGGUGGGACAGGCGCUGAAGUCGAACGAGCUGAUGGAGACGAGCCCCCAGACCAUGAGUCUGUUUAAAUUCAGACAUUUAAUGGUGACAAAUAAAAAGGCCUAUUUGUGAU